AGAAAAAACAACAAAAUGGGAAAGGAUGACGUGGAGAGAUUUCUCAUCGCAUGCGAAAUUACCCACCGGCUUCAAAUCGACGGCCCAUAUUCACUCCUCGGUUUCUGGCUCCUCUUUUAUAUAUCUUUUCCAAACCGCAGUUGGUCCUUCCACUUUCUCAUCCCUGACUCUCGUUUUUCUCAACCUUUAAGAGGAGGCUUGGAGAGUACCAGGCAGGCAGAGAGAGUAGCAGCAGAAGAGAGAAAGAUGUUGCUGGGGAAGAGGCCACGCGUCCCAAUGAAAAGAACGACGAGCUUGUCGGAGAUCACCUUUGAUCCUAACACCAACGUCGGCAGUGCUGCGCCACCGUCCGAUCUUCAGAACCAGAACCCAUUCAGCCGCCGGAUACAGCCUGCUGGUGGGGUUGAUGGGUUAGAUCAUCAGCGGUUCCUGGAGGCCACCGUCUCACCCAGAAACCACAGGCGCAGUUCAGCUGAUUUUGUCGAGACCACUACCACGACGCCUUACUUCUUAAGGUCUUGCUCCCUCUGCAAGCGCCGCCUGGUCCCUGGUCGUGACAUCUACAUGUAUAGGGGUGACAGUGCUUUCUGCAGUCUAGAGUGCCGGCAGCAACAGAUGAACCGAGACGAGAGAAUGGAGAACUGUUCAUUGGCUUCCAAGAAAGAAGCUUCGGCGUCUUCCACCACCACCGCCCCGCCGCAAGUCCCCACCAAAGGCGAGACUGUAGCCGCCUUGUAGCCCCCCAUCGGCCUUUCUCAACCCUUGCCUAACAAUUUUAUAUAUGUAAAAGGCUAUAGAACUAGAAUUAUUAAUAUGUUUUUGGGUUGGAGCAUGGGUGCAGAUAUCUUUUUGUGGUAUAUGGGGAUUGGGGGGCGUCAAGUUUUGGGUUGAAGCUGUUAUUUUUGUUUGGAUCCAAACGUAUACAACCAUUAGCCUGUAAUUCUUCUUAGUUUCUUCUCCUCCUGCAUGUUUUGAUUUCGGUAUCAAUGGUAAAAAUUUGCGUAUUUGUGAUUA